CUUUACUUUAAUUCAAGAAUGACAUUUGUGCCCUUAUCCUAACACAGCUUACUUCUCUCAUACGGAGCAUACUCUUUCUUCUCCGUCCCUUUGAUCAAUCAACUCGCUACUGGUAACCGGCUCACUGAGUGACUCAGUCCGCCAUGGCAGGGCAGCCGAGAACUCGAAUAGACGACGGAGACGACGACUCUUUCUUGCUCAAUUAUACCGCCGACGAACUCCGCACAGCUUCCGAGUUCUUCGCCAAUUGGAUUCCUUUUCUCUCCCGAGGGCUCUGUCGGUCAUGCGCCCGCACUAUCUCCGAUCGGGUCCGAUCUCUCGAUCACGUGCUUGGAGAAGCCGGUAAGGAUGUAAUAUGCACCAAACGGAAAGAGGAUGUUGGGGCUUCGACAUUAGGAAGUAAGGAUUUGACUGGAUAUUGGGGUAAAACAAACUCUGAUACUUAUUCCAUUGGGAGUUGGAAUAAUGCUUCGGAUAUCAAUGACCAUGAUCAUGCUGACACACAUUCACUGGGGAGUUGGAAGGAGGAGGGAGAUGGGUCUCCAGAGCAUGUGUUUGAGCCUUCUACUCAAACAGGAUUCUGUAUGGAUGAGCCAUCACAGACAUCUGGUGGUGGUGGUGGGUGUUUGAAGAGUGAAAAAUUGAGCACCCCUUUCUUGCGAGGGACAAAGAUGUCAUGGGCAGAUAUGGCUCAGGAGGAUGAGCUGGGGACAGAGCAAGGGUCUGGUUCAAGCUCACAUUUUCAAAACACGAAUAGCUUGUCUAGGGAGGAGGGAGCGUCUGGGGAUGAGUCUAAUAAGAUGAAAACCAUGUUGUCAACGGAGCAAGGGGAGUACAUCCGGUUCUGUAAUGUGAAGAGGAAGAAGGAUUUUAUAUGUUUGGAGAGGAUCAAUGGGAAGAUUGUGAAUAUACUUGAUGGCCUGGAGUUACAUACAGGCGUUUUCAGUGCCGCGGACCAAAUCAGGAUUGUUGAUUAUGUGGAAACACUCAACGAGAUGGGAAACCAUGGGGAACCAAAAGAGACAACUUAUACUGCACCAGAAAAGUGUAUGGAUGGCAGGGGGCGAGUGACUUUUCAAUUUGGUUGGUGUCCCAACUAUGCAACGGAUAAAAGUGGAGAUCCCCCAGGCAUCCUCAAAGACGAUAAUACCCUUGAUCCUAUACCUCCACUUUUGAAAGACAUGAUCAAAAGACUUGUUAAGUGGCAUGUGAUACCUCCUAACUCCAUUCCCGACAGUUGUGUUGUGAAUAUUUACGAAGAGGGAGACUGCAUACCACCACGCAUUGAAAAUCAAGAUUUUCUUCGGCCUUUUUGUAUCGUCUCCUUCCUCAGUGAAUGUGACAUGGUUUUUGGAUCAAACCCGAAAGUGUUGGGUCCCGGCAAGUUUGAUGCUCCAACUGCAAUUUCCUUGCCCGUCGGAUCUGUUCUUGUGUUGAAUGGGAAAGGAGCUGACGUCGCUAAACACUGCCUUCAAGCAGUUUCUGCCAAAAGGAUUUCGAUUACAUUUCGGAAAAUGGCUGAAUCCAAACGACCCCUCGGGUAUGUACCCGACCCUGAUUUGCAAGGCCUUGAGCCCCUAUCAUAUGAAGUAGACAAAUCCAAGAAAUCAAAGACUCCCCGGCAGAGAAGGCAACAUAAUCAUGAUAUGAAGAAACACUCAAUUGGGCUUGAGGACAGUGCGAGGGGCAACCGAAGAAGGCCCGCAGAAAGGGGCUUUGUAGAGCCGAGGCACUUGCCGGGCCAAGCCCAACAAAGGAAUAACCCAAGAGUGGUUGUCGACUUAGAAAAAUCAGCCGACCAUUCGUAUCGGCGAACGGUGAAAUUCGACCGGCAUCUCCCUUGAUGUGUUCUUUUAAGUACUGCAGAGCAUUUCGUUAGGUUUCGGCUGGCAUUUUGGUUUGGUUUGGUUUUGAAUCUUUUUUCAGUUUUGGUUUGGUUCAGAUGAGUAUGGUUUGAGAAAUACUCCGUAUGUUUUUGGUUUGUGUCAAAUUCAGUUUGGUUUGGUUGAGAACCUGUUGUGUUUUUUUUUAUUAGCUUUGUUUUGGUAGUGUGAUUUGAAAAAAUAUUACCAAACUAG